GUGACGUAGCUGGCCUCACUGUAGCCAGGCCAACAAGUAGCUAGCCAUACUGCACUACAGAACGUUCGAGAGGUACCACAACUCUCAGGGCAUCCCGAAUACUGUGUUCAACGUGACAAUUGUCGGCUUGUCACUUCCAGUCAGGCUCAGCUCUCGGUACCCGGCCUAGCCUCGCAGAGCUUGCCGCCCUAUAUCUCAUUGAAACACAACUCAGCCAGCUACGAAACAUCAGUGAUCGACAAAUCUUCACUGCGUCUCUUGGACGACCAGCGUUGUUUAUGUCUUUGUUUUACGAAAACGAGCUGUUGCGCAGCUGUUGGAACCUGUGUGGGGGAAACCUAGCCUUCAAGCAAGGAGCUUGUGGCCACAGUGGCAAAAACUUUUUCAUGUCAGAGAACGAGCACGCUUGCAGUCGUUUAUGUCAUCCCCUCUUUUCCAGACAGAAGAUCCCGAAAAAUCCCCUUACAAGAUCUUUUUAUCUUACUGAUACUAGAGCUAAUAGUCAGCCAAAAUGUCUGUCAACGUCAACCGCAGCGUGUCAGACCAGUUUUAUCGCUACAAGAUGCCCCGUCUGAUUGCCAAGGUUGAAGGCAAAGGGAAUGGAAUCAAGACGGUCAUUGUCAACAUGACUGACGUUGCAAAGGCACUGAAUAGGCCUCCAACAUAUCCAACCAAGUUUUUUGGUUGUGAACUUGGUGCUCAGACCCAGUUUGAUGCUAAGAAUGACCGUUUCAUCGUCAAUGGAUCCCACGAGGCAAACAAGUUACAAGACAUGCUUGACGGUUUCAUCAGGAAAUUUGUUCUGUGUCCCGAAUGUGAUAACCCCGAGACUGACCUGCAUGUCAAUGCCAGGAAACAGACCAUUGGUAACUCCUGUAAGGCCUGUGGAUACCGUGGCAUGUUAGACACAAGACACAAGCUCUGCACAUUCAUCCUCAAAAAUCCACCUGAGUUAACCGAGGGUGGCGCAGUCAAGAAGGAGAAAAAGACUCGCAAAAAGGACAAGGAGAACGGCUCUGGCAGCGGAGAGGCUGGGAACCAUAAUGACAUUGAUGCCCCUAACCCCGUGGAUGGUGAUGAUGACGACGAGGACUGGGCAGAGGAGACUACAGAGGAAGCCCAGAGACGGCGGAUGGAGGAGAUCAGUGACCAUGCCAAGAACCUGACCCUCAGCGAGGACCUGGAGAAACCCCUGGAGGAGAGGGUCAACUUGUUCUAUAACUUUGUGAAACAAAAGAAGGAAGACUGCGCUCUCGAUACAGCAGAUAAGGAGAUCCUGGCAGAAGCUGAGCGUCUUGAUGUGACGGCAAUGGGCCCCCUGAUCCUUAGUGAGCUCCUCUUCGACGAAAACAUCAGAGACCAGAUCAAGAAAUACAAGCGCCAUUUCUUGCGAUUUUGCCACAACAACAAAAAGGCCCAGAAAUACCUGCUGGGAGGGUUUGAGUGUCUGGUGAAGCUAUACCAGACACAGCUGUUACCACGUGUUCCCAUCGUGCUUAAAGCCCUUUACGAUGCUGACCUGUUAGAGGAGGAUGUCAUCAUGGCCUGGGCUGAGAAGGUGUCAAAGAAGUAUGUCUCUAAGGAACUUGCCAAAGAGAUUCAUGCCAAGGCAGCGCCUUUUGUCAAGUGGUUGAAGGAAGCGGAGGAAGAGAGUGAGGGCAGCGAGGAGGAAGGGGAAGAGGAGGAUGAGAGUGUAGAGGUUGUGUACUCGUCAUCUGCCCGCGAACUUAAGGUGGAAACUGUGAAACCAGACAAGCCUAACAAGGAGGAGGAAGACAUUGAUAUUGAUGCCAUCUGAAAAUAUCCCCCUUUAUGGAUGCCUCUUCUUUUGUAUGGCUUUGGCAAUCGAUCAUGUCCAUUUGGCUUCCCUUCCUAUCCUACUUCCCACGGUAUUUACUGCUUUGUGGCAUGAUUAACAUGAUGCUUUCCUUGCUGCACAUUAACUCUGUAAUUCUGAAAUCGUAUAUGCUAUAUUCAUUGAGGGUGUUUGGGGAAUUUUAAUCAAGGUUUUUGGAGGAUAGUCGAGUGCACUAGGAUUUUGAUUUGUCGUUGUAAUAUUCCUGUCAAUAAAGAAUGUUUUGCUAUCCA